UUAUACACUGCCCCUGAUGUACUCACCCAGGGAAAAUGGAACUACUUGUUCAUCUACAUGCACUACAUGCACAACGUAAGAAACUCACAGCAACUUAGAACCGGGUUAAGUGAAGGUGGCCCGUCCACCUGGUCGAAUCCGGUAAUUUUGUCACGAGAUGCCGGGGGGUACAACAUUGGGGACAGCAGAGAAAGAGACAUACCGUACAUUCCUGGUUCAAAUCCCGAGCUCACAAACUCCAAACCGCUCUAUACCAUUCCGUUCCCUCUUUCACUGACCGUCAGUGGCACCAAUGGCCACAGUGGCACCAAUGGCCACAAGAUCUUAUUGCCACAAUCCAGUUUAAGUUUGAGGGUAUCGUCAUACCAAAUAAAGCCGCCCUCUAGCCAGAUUUGGUUUUGCCCAACUAACCACUCGUGGGCAGAGGCUCAAGGCACGAACACGGUCGAUGCCGAGACUUUAAACAUGAUUGUGGGUGUUCAUAUAAGAGAUAAUGAGGCUGCUGGGCUUGAUUCCAUACGGCGACCUCUGCUCAGAAGGCAGGCCCUGGAGGAGCUGCCGAGCAACCACGUGAAGGAGAGGCACGCAGUGGCUGGUCUUCCCAAACGACAACCAGGAGGGCUCCAUCCGAGCCUCUGCUGGCAAGCGGUCCGGCUUCACCCCUCUGCUCGCGUAACACCGAGCUCUGAACACGACACGGGAAUUGUGGUGCUUGGAUUAAACAGAUCUCAUGCCAAGAAUGCACUUAACAAAAAUCUUUUAAAAAUGAUGUCAAAAGCUGUGGAUACUUUGAAAUCUGAUAAGAAAGUACGAACUGUUAUAUUCCGGAGUGAAGUCCCAGGGAUAUUCUGUGCUGGUGCUGACCUUAAAGAAAGAGCAAAAAUGCACUCAAGUGAAGUUAGUUCUUUUGUCUCCAAAGCAAGAGCCACUAUUAAUGAAAUGGCUAAUCUGCCUGUACCUACUAUUGCUGCAAUAGAUGGAACUGCAUUAGGUGGUGGCCUAGAACUUGCGUUAGCCUGUGAUAUAAGAGUAGCAGCCUCUUCUGCUAAAAUGGGCCUAGUUGAAACAAAGUUGGCAAUCAUUCCAGGUGCAGGAGGGACACAGAGAUUACCUCGCACAAUUGGAGUGUCUUUGGCAAAAGAACUAAUCUUCUCUGCACGUAUUGUAGAUGGUGAGGAAGCAAAAUCAAUAGGAUUGAUUAGCCAUGUGGUAGAACAGAAUGAAGCAGGGGAUGCUGCAUAUAGAAGAGCAUUAGCUCUGGCAAGAGAAUUUUUACCUCAGGGACCAGUAGCAAUGAGAGUUGCAAAACUGGCCAUCAAUCAGGGAAUGGAGGUCGACUUAGUAACAGGCUUAGCAAUUGAAGAGGCUUGUUAUGCUCAGACUAUUCCAACAAAAGAUAGAAUUGAAGGUCUUCUUGCAUUUAAGGAGAAGAGACCUCCUCGCUACAAGGGAGAAUAAAAGAAGCUGAUGCCUUUAAAAUACAGGGGGAUAAAAGUACUGCUAUGAGGACCAUUAAGGUGCACUGUUUAUCCGCACCUGGAAUAUUACAACCACCAAAGUAAAAGCAAAUCAUACUGAAGUUACAACAUUUUGAAUGUGUCCAUACUUGUACUGAGCCCAGAUAGAAAUGAAAUGUGUGUCAGCUCAUGCUCAUUACAAUUUCUGAAGGUUAAUCUGUGUAUUGGCAAGGUCACAGGUUCAUGCAGCAUUUUAAAAAUUUCAUAUGUGUGAAACAUACCAUUCUGCAAUUGAAGAAGCUCUGUAAAUUCUUUAUAUAGACAAAACCUAUAUGUGAUGUUAAGUGUAAAUCUGCUGUAUCAUUUUAUCAAAACAAAAGUGACUAUUGAACACCCAAAAAUAGAAAUUGUACUGAAUAUGCAUUAAAAUAAUCCUGUAUAUCAGUGAAAAUUAUAUUUGAGUAUUCUACCGGAAUAUGUAGAUUAUUAAUAAAGCUAAGGGAAAUGAAAAGGAUUAUUGUUCAGAAAAUGUUAAGCUUUAUUUAACUGACUUACACUAUUCUAAGCAAAAUGAAAUUAACUUUAGCACAUAAUGGCGUCCUUUUGAUUAAGUCAUUGCCAUUGUUUAAUUUAAUUGUAUUAAAUGAAGACAUUUUCGAGGCCAGCCUUUAAUGAUGCAUUCUUGUAUGUUAAACCUGGCUUUGUCUUGCAUCCUUCCAGCAUAUCAUCUGAUCAGCACUGUCUGCUGUGAGGAAACUGUGUUUCACGUGCCCCAGUUAUUUUAAAUUUUUGAUGAUUUUGUUAAAAAUUGUUGUGCAGGGAUGCGACUAAUGCACUGUUAAAGAAGCUAGAAUUCUCUUAAUCUCCAGAAUAUUCCUUUUGCAGGUCCUAAUAAUGUAUAUUUAUAUACAAUGGGGAUGAUAUGGAAAUGUUCUUUAUUCUGUGGCAGCCUCAGGGUUCUUUUCGUACAUUGAAAGAGAAAUCCAGUAGGUUACGAGGUGAGAAAACUGUUGUGAUUUGUAUUAUAUAUUUGCUGUGGAGGUGGCGUAUACAGCAAAUGCCUGGAAAUAACCUCUUAGACAGUAUUUUUGUUAACUUGACUGGAAAAUAAACAUGGCUUAGCAGUCAGAGGCUGUCUUUUUAUAUGAAAACAAAUUUCUUCGUAUUUGGUUACCAUUGGCUCACUAAACUUGUGCAUGCUCUGCUGUUUCUGCAACAUUAACUGUGGUCACUGUCCGUAUCUAUGAUGAUAAAGCAGCUGAUCAACAUGAAAUGACAAGAACUCAUUUAAAUUCAUAUUUAGACAUAUCAUUACAUGUAAAUUGAUUAUAACUGGUAGAGCACACACUUUGUUGACUGGUAAACUUGCUGAGUUGAUCAUUUCAUACACGAUAAUUUGCAAAUAAAGUACCGGUGCUUGUUUUGAUAGUCAUAGAAAGCCUAGAGGGUCAUUUUCUUGUGUUUUUGAAAUGCUAACACGUCAUUUUCAUUUUUACUGAGUAGGAAAUAAUUAUGUUAAUAGGAGAAAAAUAUAUUAAGUCUAUGCUGAUGGGUUUCUGUUUCAUAGCUUUGAUACACAGUCUGGUUAUUGAGCUGCCUCUUUUUUUAACAAGCGCUGAUGAAGUAGCUUCUGUGAAUGUCUAUUUUUAAAAAAAUUUAAUAA